CGCUGCGCCGCGCCGCUCUUGUUUCCUAUCCGUGCCCAGGUCACCGCUUGCUUUCGUUCCCAGGCUGUGGCCUCCGGCGAGCGAGGAUUCCGGGGCCUGAAGGGGUGGACGCCGUCUGGCCCGGCCGGCACCCAGAGGGCGCGGGCUGUGUGGGCGAGGGUUCGCGUGGGCUGGGCAGAGGCUGGAACGAGGACCCCCGAGCGCGAGCUCCGGAGCCCGCGGGCUGGGCCGGAGGGGCCGGCCGGGCGGCGGCGGCGGCGCAGUGCCAGGCAGUCUGCAGCGCGAGGCACAGCGAGGUCCCGGGAGGGACGUGGGCCUGAAGGGAGCUUGUGCCGUAGGCCCAGAGCCGGCUUCUCUGGCCCAGUGGUCUCGGGAGGCGGAGCGAUCCGUGAGAGGAGCGCGCCGGAGGAGCAGCCCCCGGACCGGAGCCUCGGGAGCCCGGGGCCGGUCAGCUAGUCUCGACGGGGUCCACCGUUUACAGUCUACGAUUUUUCCAAGAGCAGCAGAAAAUGAAUGAAUCCCAGGGUCCAUAGUUGACUUUCCCGGUGAGCUGGGUGAGCUCUUGUUCCCAUAAGUCUUCUCCACGUCACCCAGUUCCCAUCACGGUGUCAUUGCAGGGGCCAGUGUCAUUCACGGACGUGGCCGUGGACUUCACUCAGGAGGAGUGGCAGCAGCUGGACCCUGAUGAGAAGACAACCUACAGGGAUGUGAUGCUGGAGAACUACAGCCAUCUGGUCUCCGUGGGGUACGACAGCACCAAACCGAACGUGAUCCUCAAGUUGGAGCAGGGAGAGGAGCCUUGGGUAGCAGAUGGCGAGUUCCCACGGCAGUUUCACCCAGAAGAAGUCUGGAAAGUUGAUGACCUGAUGGAGAGAGCCCAAGAAAAUAAAGACGAAUGUUCAAGGCAAGCUGUUUCUAUCAACAGCAGAACCCUGACUGAGGAGAGAGAGGUUGCAUUUGAUAAAACUUAUAACAUGGAAAUAAGCCUUGUUCCUUCAAACCUAAUGUCUCAUAAUUGUGUCUCAUGUGGAAAGACUUUGGGAUCUACUUCAGAAUUAAUUAUUAGUGAUGGAAGCUAUGCAAGAGAGAAACCUGAUGAGUGUAGUGAAUGUGGGAAAACAUUUCAUGGAGAGAAACUCUAUGAAUUUCAUCAAAAUGGGGAAGCCUUUUCUCAAAAUGAAGAAAGUAUUCAGAAAAUUAGUAUUUUGGAGAAACCCUUUGAAUAUAAUGAAUGCACAGAAGCCUUAGACAAUGAAGCUGUUUUCAUUACUCAUAAGAGAGCUUAUAUGGGGGAGAAGCCCUAUGAUUGGAAUGAUUCUGGAUCAGACUUCAUCCAGAUGUCAAGUUUUAAUGUAUACCAGAGAUCACAGAUGGAAUUGAAGCCCUUUGAAUGCAGUGAGUGUGGGAAAUCCUUCUGUAAAAAGUCAAAAUUCAUUAUACACCAGAGGGCUCACACAGGAGAGAAACCUUACGAAUGUAACGUAUGUGGGAAAUCCUUCAGCCAAAAAGGAACCCUCACCGUACAUCGGAGAUCACACUUAGAGGAGAAGCCCUAUAAAUGCAAUGAGUGCGGAAAAACCUUCUGUCAGAAGUUACACCUCACUCAACACCUGAGGACUCACUCAGGAGAGAAACCCUAUGAAUGUAAUGAAUGUGGGAAAACCUUCUGCCAAAAGACACAUCUCACCUUACACCAGAGAAACCAUUCAGGAGAGAGACCGUAUCCAUGUAACGAAUGUGGCAAAUCCUUCUCCCGCAAGUCAGCCCUCAGUGACCAUCAGAGAACGCACACGGGAGAGAAACUUUAUAAGUGUAAUGAAUGUGGGAAAUCCUAUUACCGAAAAUCCACCCUUAUUACACAUCAGAGAACACACACAGGAGAGAAACCCUAUCAGUGUAGUGAAUGUGGGAAAUUCUUUUCUCGGGUGUCAUACCUCACUAUCCAUUACAGAAGUCAUUUAGAAGAGAAGCCCUAUGAAUGCAAUGAAUGUGGCAAAACCUUCAAUCUAAACUCAGCCUUCAUUAGACAUCGGAAAGUACACACAGAUGAGAAACCCCACGAAUGUAGUGAGUGUGGAAAGUUCUCAUAUCUCACCAACCAUCACACAACUCACUUAGGAGAGAAGCCCUAUGAAUGUAGUGAAUGUGGGAAAACCUUACUUGAAAAUUCAGCCUUUGAUGGGCACCAGUCACUUCCCAAAGGGGAAAAGUCCUAUGAAUGUAACAUAUGCGGGAAAUUGUUCUCUGAGCUGUCAUACUAUACUAUACAUUAUAGAAGUCAUUCAGAAGAGAAGCCCUACGGAUGUAACGAAUGUGGGAAAACCUUCUCCCAUAACUCAUCCCUCUUUAGACAUCAAAGAGUCCACACAGGAGAGAAACCCUACGAGUGUUAUGAAUGUGGGAAGUUCUUCUCUCAGAAGUCUUACCUCACUAUACAUCAUAGAAUUCAUUCAGGAGAGAAGCCCUAUGAAUGUAGUAAGUGUGGGAAAGUUUUCUCUCGGAUGUCAAACCUCACCGUACACUAUAGAAGCCAUUCAGGAGAGAAGCCCUAUGAAUGUAACGAAUGUGGGAAAGUCUUUUCUCAGAAGUCAUACCUCACUGUGCAUUAUAGAACUCAUUCAGGAGAGAAGCCCUAUGAAUGUAAUGAAUGUGGGAAAAAGUUCCAUCACAGGUCAGCCUUCAAUAGCCAUCAGAGAAUUCACAGGAGAGGGAAUAUGAACGUACUUGACAUGGGAAUGCUCCUCUGAAGUCAGAUCUCAUUUUAGAAAACCCUCUGCACAUAAUGAGUAUGGGAAGUCAGUUGGGAGUCAGAUAUCACUGUCUGAGAGUUCAUGUUUCUUAAUGAGGAAAAGCAUUUAGAGGUUAGAUUUAUUCUAAUCUGAAUUUUCAUAGAGAAGAAUCCCUAAAACUGCAACAAGAAGCAAAGCCUUCAGCAAGACCCUACAACUCAUUGGACACUAGACAGUUUAUACAAGAGUGAAACUCUAUAAAUAUUUAAUAUUUAUUUUGGAUUCCAAUUGUAUUCACAUAUCAGGGAAUCAUACCAAGGCGAAACCUGUCAAAGUGAUGAAUGUGGAAAAUACAUUGUCAUGGAAAUUGUUAUACUAAAAGCCAUAUUUCUGAUAUAAAAUCAGAUGUUUUAAGGAAUGACAUCAGAAGCUAUCAGCUCUGAAUAAACCUUCAUUGCAGAAAAUGAAGUUUUAAAAUCUUCUGGAGUUGAUUAUGAGGAUCGUAGCAUUAAAUAUGUAUAUGGCGGUUUCUGUCACGUUUCCAAAAUGUGAUUAAUUCUAUGCAACUCUGCCAGUUGGGAUUUGAAUAAUUUGUGAAAAGGCAGUAUUCUUAUUUGAGUAUUAAGAUGGCAAAAUGUACUAAUGUAGGACAUAUUGUUGGUGAGAUGUUUGAUAGGUAUAGAAUAGUUAAAUACAUAGUUUUCUGUUCUUUAGAGGCAUUUACAAAUGGUUUUUAAUGAGUGUUUCAUCAAGAGAGGAACCAGUGAUUUUUGUAAAGUUUCCAACUGCAUUUGAGCAAAAAAGACUUAAAAAUACUAUUUUCAUAAACUAUGCAUAGAUGAUUUGGAAUCUAGUCUGUUCAGUGAAGGAUGGCUGUACUGCUCAUGCUCUAUAACAUAGGCCCAGCUCUCCUACCACUCUUGUUUUUUAACCCAUAGGUUUGAGCGUGCAGUAUGCCACUAUUUUGUAAUUCAGAAAUUUUACCUGUGCUUUUAUUUGAUAUGAAUACGGUGUCAUUAUUUUGUGUAUUGUCUCUUAGUCCCAGUAUUUUGGAACAAAUUAAUGCAAGCUUCUAGCAGACAUUUUUUGUUGAUUAACCUCAGUGUCCUCCCUCUCUUUACUUGCUGGAAGAGUUUAGGUAUCUACUAUUCACAAGACACGGAGGGUAAAUCCUGAGUAAACUAAACCAGUCAUGCUAAUUUCAUUAUGAUCACCAGUAACUCGUUUAUAGUGGUCACAUGACCAAAUCCUAGGUUAGCACAACAGACCAUUUCUGGAAAAAAGGUAAAACAGUGAUCAAAUGGAUCUUACUCCAGGAAUGUGAGGGUGUUUUAAUAAGAAAAAAAAAAAAUCACUGUAAUAUAUCACAUUGAAGAAAAGUAGUCUAGUAUGCAGGAAGCGUGGUGAAAUCAAUAUCCAUUUGUGUUCUUAGCAAACUAUGGAUAGAAAGGAACUUCCUUUAUUGGCUAAAGAGUAUCUUAUACUACAACAAACAGCAUAUCAAAUGGUGAAAUAUUGAAAGUUUUCUCCCAAGAUCAAAAAAAGAGACAAGGUUAUCUGCUAUGACUAAUUUUAUUCAGUAUUGUGUAGAAGGACCUAGCCAGGAAAGUAGGGGAAGCAAAAGAAUGAAAAGGCUUAAGGAUUAGAAGAAGUAAAACUUUUAUUUGCAGAUGAUAUGCUUUUAUACAUAGGAAAUUCUAGGGAAUAUUCAGAUAAUUAGAAUUGAGCAGAAUCUCCACAUACAAGGUCAUUAUGCAAAAAUUGGUUUUUAAUAUACCAGCAACGAACACAGAAAAUGAAAAGUUUUAAAACAAUGUCACUUACAGUGAUAUCAGAAAUCCUUAAGUGCCUGGGGGGAAAAUUACCUAACACUGUAUUUUCAAGAAUUGUAUCCAGGGGGAAAAAAAAUUACAGAACAGUAAGAGGGAUAUAUCCUGUUCAUGGAUUGCAAGACAAUCUUAACAAGAUGUCAGUUUUCCCCAAAUUAAUUCAUAUAUUCAAUGCAAUCUUAAUCAAAAUCCUAGCAAGUUUUUAUAACUGAAAAUUCUCAGAUUCAUGUGAAAAUUCAGAAGACCAAUAAUAGUCAAAGCUAUUUUCUAGAAUAGACAGAACUAGAGAACUUAUAGUGCUAGAUAUCAAGAACUGUUACAAAGCCAUAGGAAUUAUGAUAGUGUGGUAAUGGCACAAAGAUAAACAAAUUGACCAGUGGAACAGAAUAAAGAUUCCAGAAACACCCAAAUGUAAUUCAGUCACCUGACUUUUGGUGAAGGUAAUAAUGCAUCGUAAUGUGGGAAAGGAUGUUCUUUCCACUAAAUGCUCUGUCAUCAUUUAAAUUUCAUAAUUUAAUAGAAAA